AUGCGUGAAGUUAUUUCCCUUCAUAUUGGUCAAGCAGGUGUACAAUCUGGUAAUGCUUGCUGGGAAUUAUAUUGUCUCGAACAUGGUUUAGCACCAGAUGGUAUUCUUGAAUCAAAAGAAAAUCGUAAUAAUGAAAAAAAUAUGUGUUUUGACACGUUUUUUACACGGACAUCAUUUGAUCGUUUUGUACCACGAGCUUUGUUUAUCGAUUUAGAACCAACUGUUAUUGACGAAAUUCGUAAUGGUCCAUACAAAUGUCUGUUUCAUCCUGAACAAAUGAUAACUGGAAAGGAAGACUCAGCGAACAAUUAUGCUAGAGGUCAUUAUACAGUUGGUAAAGAAAAAGUAGAUCAUGUUAUUAAUCAUAUUCGAAAACUAGCAGAAAAUUGUGAUAAACUUCAGGGAUUUCUGAGCUUACGUUCAUUCGGAGGUGGUACUGGUUCCGGUUUUCAUUCAUUACUAAUGGAACGUUUGCAUGAAGAUUAUGGUAAAAAAUGCAAAUUAGAGUUUUCAGUUUAUCCGUCCCCUCAAAUAGCAACGGCUGUCGUUGAACCAUACAAUACUCUUUUAACAACACAUACAACGUUAGAACAUACCGAUUGUUCAUUUAUUGUUGAUAAUCAAGCGAUUUAUGAUAUUUGUCAAAAAUCAUUGAAUAUCGAACGACCGUACUAUCAUAAUUUAAAUCGUCUAAUUUCACAAGUGGUCAGUUCUAUUACUGCAUCGUUAAGAUUUCCAGGAAGUCUCAAUGUCGAUUUAAAUGAAUUUCAAACAAAUUUAGUUCCAUUUCCUCGAAUUCAUUUUCCACUAUCAUCGUAUGCUCCCAUUGUAUCCGAAGAACGUUCGUAUCAUGAAAAUAUAUCUGUAUCAGAAAUAACUCAAAGUGUGUUUGGUCAAGAAUCGUCAAUGGUUAAAUGUAAUAAGAACAAUGGAAAAUAUAUGUCAUGCUGCGUACUCUAUCGUGGUGAUAUUAUUUCAAAAGAAGUUCAACAAGCAUUAGACAAACAAAAGAAAAAAAUUCAGUUUGUUGAUUGGUGUUCAACAGGUGAGUAAGAAAAAAAGAUUUCUCUGCAAUCAAUCACUUACGAGGGAACCGCCUGAGGUGAUACCCUCCUUUUCUAAUGAGUUAUAUCUCAAUCGUUAGAGUAUAUCGAGCUAGUAAAAACCCUAAAAGGAUUCGUGUUCAUGGCUUCUGAAGACCCGGUUUUCUGAAAAACUAGUUUUUCAGAAACUCUAAAAAGAACCAAAAUCUUUCUUAAUGAGGCAUGAUUGCAGCGCAUACAUUUCUGAUUAAAACGAGACAUCU